AUGGCAGUCAUGUCCCUCAAAAUGCAGACUCAAAUAGCGAACGCAGAGCCCAAGUCCAAGAGGAUCAUCACCCCCGCCCGACGGGACCAGAACCGCCGCGCGCAGCAGGCUUACCGACAACGGCGGAGAGAGCGUCUGGCCGAAAAGCAGAGUCAUGCUGGUCCGAGGGAGUUGAGACCCGCGCCGCCUGCGCAUGCGUCCAUCCCGAAUAUUACAACGUCGAACCGUCUGGACGUAGCGAGGAAGACCAUGCCGGCAAUGCUGACGGUAGAUCAUUUCUUCCCGCCACAUGAUCCGGCUCGCAACGGCAGGACAGAAGACCCCGUCAGAGAUGAGGUCCCCCCGCCCCUAUUCACCACAUACACCCUCCUCCUCGCCGCCUGCGUCUACAACGCCGCAGCCCUAGGCAUCAGCACCGACCAGUUCUUCGGCGAAGACAACUGCAUGUCGCUGUGCUCGCCGUUCUACCGGCCCUACACAGCCAUGUCGGCCGAUCCGUCAUCACUCCUCGCUGCCGCGACAGGCACUCGUCCAGCUAUCCCCGCUCAUCUCCGCCCGACGCUCCCCCAGAUUCUCUUCCCGCAUCAUCCGCUUUUUGAUCUCCUUCCGCUGCCGGCGCUGAGAGCCAAAGCGAUUACUUUUGCUGCUACCGCGCCAUCGCUCCUCGACGCGGUUGAGUUUAAACGGGAUAUCGUCGAGAGGGGAGGGAUUGUAUGCUCGUCUGAGUCUGCUGGAGGUAUGCAGCCGUGGGAUAUGCGCGCUUGGACGGUUGCGCCGUGGUUUCGGAGAAAAUGGCGGAUACUGUCUCAGUCUGAAGAUCUCGCAUAG